AUGGCGACCGAUAGCUCUGCGAAGAACAACAAAUGGGACAGUUGGAAAGCUAAGGGCAAUGUAUUCUUCCAGAAGGUCGGAGCGCCCGUCAACAAGCUCUCGAACAAACUAGGCGCCGAAGCCUUCUGGCCUGCUUCCCUCGAUCAAGAGUCCGACAAAGCAGCACGAAUCCUGCGCAGUUUCUGCCUCGAUGGCUUCCAGUCGGAGCAAGGCGGUAAGCAUGGUAACGAGAAGAAGCAGAAAAGCCUGGAUCACGUUCCGGCAGAGGCCAUCCGCAACUGCCGCGGCCUAGCAAUCUUCACAGUCUUCCGUACAGGUCUCCACUGGUCUGGCGCCGGCGGCUCUGGUGUCAUCGUCUCGAAACUCCCUGACGGCUCCUGGUCUCCACCCUCAGGCAUCAUGAUCCAUACCCUCGGCUGGGGCUUCGUAGCCGGAGCAGAUAUCUACGACUGUGUUUGCGUCAUUAACAACGAGAAGGGCAUGGAGGGCUUCACACGUGUGCGAGCCACGCUUGGUGGCGAGAUCAGUGCUUCUGUUGGACCGUUGGGCGGCGGUAGUACGGUCGAUAGCGAGAUUUUCAAGAGGCAGGCGCCUGUGUGGACGUAUACCAAGAGCAAGGGAUUGUAUCUCGGUGUGCAGAUUGACGGGACUGUUAUUGUAGAGCGUACGAGCGAGAACGAGCGGUUCUACGGUGUCAAGGAAGUGAGGCACAAGGACAUCUUGGGUGGACGAGUUCAGCCACCGCAGGGCAGCGUGGUACAGUUCUGGGAGACUCUGCAGGCAUGCGAAGGCAAGCAGUAUGAUUCGAGCAGGCUGCCACCGCCUGGAGCGCCGGGUGACCAUGAGCUGGAGAAGCCGCAUGAGUCCAGCCAGAGGGAAUAUGACCAAGUUGCUGGUAACGAGGCGAGGAUGGACGUCAAGAAGUAA